AUAUCAUCAUCCUGUAUGAAUAACAUUAUAAAUAGUUCAUCAAUAUGAUUUCGUUUUAGUUAAUCACAAUGAUUUUUCUAAGUCUGUUCGCAUUAGUGAGUGUAGCACUUGCCGAAUACCAAAUUUUAGGCAGAGCAGAAGAACAUAAUCCUGUCAAUGUCAAGCUUACAAAAUUGUUAGAUGUGAAAGUAGAGAGUAAGGCUGAUUCGUGGAAAAAUGAUUUUAGCCGAUUCUUUCAACCACAAAGUGAUGAAAUCUCAUUAGGCAGAAAAGAUGAACAUAAUGUUCAAAUUCCCUUAAAACUGUCUCUUGGAGUUGAACAAAGUGGCGUUAAUGAGGAUUAUUCUCAGAAUUUUUUUAGUAUUUUUAAAAAAUGUAAAUCUUUGGUGGGACGAAGCAAAACACCAAUUUGUCAUCUUAAUCCACUUCCAGAAUAUUCAGAUAAAUACAACGCUUAUCCAGGAAGUUGUAGAGAAAUUUUGGAUAACGUUAGUAACAAAACAGGAAUAUAUACAAUUAAGCCUAGAACAAGCAAGAAACCGUUUUCUGUGCUCUGCGAUAUGGAAACCAAAGGUGGGGGUUGGACUUACAUUCAAAAAAGAUUUGACGGAUCUCAGGAGUUCUAUCUGGGUUAUAAAGAUUAUAAAUUUGGCUUUGGUGAUCUUAAUGGAGAAUUUUGGAUUGGGCUUGAAAAUAUUCAUCAUAUGACCGGUUCUGAAAUCAAUGAACUUUUGAUUGAACUCACUGACCGAGAUAAGAAGACAGCUUAUGCACAAUUCAAAACCUUUGGUAUAGGACCCGAAAAAGAUGGAUACAUAUUAAAUGUGUUAACAGGAUAUUCAGGAGAUGCUGGAGAUGCGCUGUCCCCUCAUCUAAACUCAAAAUUUUCAACUUUUGAUGUAGACCAAGAUGAAAAUCCAGGAAAUUGCGCUGUCAUUCAUGAGGGUGCAUGGUGGUACAAAUCUUGCCAUACCAGCAAUUUAAAUGGAAAACACAUUAACGUAAAUCUUCCUGCGACUUAUAACUAUCAUGGUGUAAACUGGAAUGGUUUUAGAGGACAUCCGUACAUCCUAGCAGGAUCUAAAAUGAUGAUUCGGGCAGUUGAGGUAUAAGAAGAGUAAUCAACAAGUGAACUACUGGUGAAGUAAAUGUACCUAUAGAUAGAUAUAUACAAAGAUGCAUAAUAUAUUGUAAUAUCAUUAAUAAAUUAUAACCCAGCUUA